CUCUCCCUCUCUCGUAUUGUGGUGAACUAUGUCCAAUGGAGCGCCUCCGUGGCCACAAUCAUCGAUGGGGCCCAUGCUGCGGAGACGGCACGAGGCCGUGAACCCUGCUUCAGGGAACGGCGCAGCUCCUCGAGAAGGCACUCUCUUGGAGAGAACAAUCAAGCAGUUGGAUGUUUAUGCCAGGGUAGAUGAGGAUCUACAGGUGCGAACAGAGACGGGGGCUGCCGUCACCAUUGGAUUCUGGGUGCUCAUGGUGGUGCUUUGCGUUGGGGAGGUCCAGGCGUAUCGGAAAGUUCAGGCCCCUACCGAGCGAGUGGUGGUUGAUUCGACCAUGGGCCAGAAGCUCCGCAUCAACAUCGACAUGACGUUUCAUUCAAUCCCUUGCCUGGAUGUUCAUGUGGAUGCCAUGGACGUGGCGGGCGACAAUCAAAUAGAUAUCGACCACGGUAUGUGGAAGCAGCGACUAGACCCGGACGGUUCGGCAAUUGGGGAAGCCUUCAUGGAGGUGCCUGGCAAGGUGGAUGAUGACCCGGCACAAUCAUUACCAGAGGACUAUUGCGGGAGCUGCUUCGGGGCGAAGGAGGGGUGCUGUAACAUGUGCCGGGACGUAGUAGAGGCUUACACGGCCAAGGGGUGGUCUGUGCAGGACAUCAGGAGGACGGCGGAGCAGUGUAUCCGUGACAACCAUAUUGAGACUCCAAUCGUGAUAGGGGAAGGCUGCAACCUGUCGGGAUUCAUGUCCGUCAACAAGGUAUCUGGUAAUUUUCACGUGGCUACGGGUGAAGGAGUCAUGCGAGAAGGGAGGCAUGUCCAUUUGUAUACCAUGGAACAAGCAGUGGGUUUCAACACUAGCCACAGCAUCAACCUUCUCUCUUUCGGGGAGCCGUACCCGGGAAUGAAGCCGAACCCACUCGACAGCACCUCGAGGAUAAUCGAUGAAGACGUAGGCACCGGUGCUUUCCAGUACUACAUCAAGCUGGUGCCCACGGUACACUCGCUCAAUCCGCAGUCGGAAACGAGUAGAAGUCCGUUGCCGAAGGGUAAGCGGGAGGAGGCUGAGCAGCAGCAGCACUCGAGCCUCACCAGCCAGUUCACGUACACGUACAAGUUUCGGUCCCUGAAGGGCUUGACGGAGUACCAUGCGGAUCAUGAAGAGGGAGAGGAGCAGGCCAAGGAAGCGGAGAAGGGAUCGACGAAAGACGGCGGGGUUAACUCCUUUGCGAACUCGGUGCUGUUGCCAGGGGUGUUUUUUGUGUACGACGUAUCGCCGUUCAUGGUUGAGGUCGUUCCAGCGGAGCAGCCGCCGUUCUCGCAUCUUUUGAUCCGACUUUGCGCAGUUGCCGGGGGAGCAUUCGCCAUCUCAGGAAUUGUGGAUUCGGCCGUGUUCUACCUAUCCAACCGGUUGCGUCGGCACGGUGUUCUCGGGAAAUAGAAGUGAAAGUGACCUUGAAGCGCGACCACGCACCACCGGUGGCGUGUGUGCAUUGCGUUGGUUGUCGAUCGGCAGUCUGGAGGGUACAAUGUGGCCGUCACAACAAGUGUUCGUGGGGCUGACAUGUGUGUACCGAUGUACGCGGGAACGCGAUGAUUUCCUUUCUGUCGUGCUUUGUGUCUGAAGUCUUCGCAGAAGCAAUCUGGCGGGGUACAUCUGUAUGAGAAUACCGGAGAGCAAAUAGGAGGGCCGCAGCCCACUACCUUCUUUCAGGGCAUUCAAAACCAGCAGUCAGACUGCUUGUUCGGAGCGCUGUGUGUCUCAUGUUCCCUGGAAGGGAAAGAGACUUGAGGAAUCCUUCGUGUAAAUUUGAGACGUAAACUGCUGCAGUUCGUUGAGUGGAAAUCGGGCGGAUUUGAAUCCGCCUGCCUGAUGUGGUAGCCCCCGGCUCCUCUAGAACCCGCCCCUGCCCUCUCAUUUUUCACUGCCGUGGAUCUACGGGAGGUCUGUGGGGAAAUGCUCUUUGGGACAUUGCAAGACUGGAAAGCGGAAUUUUGUAGAUAUCGUAGACCCACUCUCGUGUCGUGUCGAAGUAAGAACCGGGUGUUUAAACUACUGCACUGUAGCCAUGAACACUUGGCCGUUGUCAGAAAGCCACAUCAAACACCGAGAACCCGUCAGGGCUUCAAAGCCUGAUUGUUGGCACAGAAGUUGGGCCAGCAGGGGAAACGGAGACGGCAUUUGGAAGGAGUUUGCGGGUUGUAAUCCCCAAGUCAGCAGGACACGCGCCAAACAUCAGC